AUGGACGGGGUCAUUUGUAACAAGUGUUUUUCUACCGCUCAUAGAGGGAAACAACCGUUCUGUUUGACACAAUGCGGUCAUAUAUAUUGUAACGGAUGUAUUCAACAAGGUUAAGGUUAUGUUUAUAUAUACCGGUGAACAAUGUGCGGUAUAUUCUGUUAUGUUUCACAAAACCAAAAGAACAAUUCGCAAGUUCCAAAUGAGUGGAACUAUUGUAAGGAUUUAAUAUUUGCUCGUGGCCCUGACAGUAUUACUGAAAGGAUUGAACAUUUAACUGAAAAUUGGUGUGGUCACUUUGCAGCUUCUGUAUUAUGGAUGCAAGGUACCAAUUUGAGUGUACAACCUGCCAUAGAUUCUGCUGGUAAUAUUCUUUUAUGGAAUGGAGAUGUAUUCUUUGGAACAUUGAUUCAAGAUGAUAUAUGUGACACAGAUUUCCUAUUGAAUGCACUUCAAUCAUCUUCAAAUGUAAUGUCUGUAUUUCAAGACAUUCAAGGACCAUAUAGUUUUAUAUAUUUUCAAAAGACCAGUAAUCUAAUAUACUUUGGUAGAGAUGUUUUAGGACGGCAUAGUUUGCUUUUAAAAUCAAAUACGGAUGAAAAUAUUUUAACAUUAACAUCUGUUGCUCAUAAGCAGAUUAAUGGAGUUGUAGAAGUUCCUGCAAUUGGUAUUUUUAUGAUGAACUUGGCUAAUUUGAGAUUAAAUCUUACAUGCUAUCCAUGGAGGGAACCAGAUUUAAGAUUCACAGAUGUUAUUGAAGCAUUAGAAAUGCAAUUAAAUGUGGAUAUUGAUAUUAAAGAAAUUAUACUGCAUUCCAAUAUAACAACGAAUAUACACUUACAUCCUAGUAUUAAUGAUAUAGAAUGUUUUGAAAACUGCCCUCAUUUUGAACAAUCUUUCAAGACUUUAGAACACUUGUUAAAAAAUAAAGAUAUAUACAAACGAGUAGAUCGUUUAUCGCAACUUCUUUACAAAGCUGUGGAAGUAAGAAUAAAGAAGCAACCAAAGCUUUGUAAAAAUUGUAUUAAACUAUUCUUAAAUCGAGAAAGUGUUACAUGUAAUCAUACAAAAAUAGGCAUACUUUUUUCUGGGGGUCUAGAUUCUGGUAUUUUAACAUUAAUUGCUGAUAAGUAUGUACCACAAAAUGAAUGUAUAGAUUUGAUUAAUGUUGCAUUCGAAAAAUCCGUUAACACAUUCAUAAAGUCCAAAGCAAAUCACGAGAAACAAGUUGUACAAGACCAGUAUGAUGUUCCUGAUAGAAGAACUGGGAAGCAAACGUUUUUAGAACUCUUAAAGAUUUGCCCUAAUAGGAAGUGGAAUUUUAUAGAAGUUAAUAUCACUCAAGCAGAAUUGCAGGAAUAUCGUUCUUUACGAAUUUGUCAUUUACUCUAUCCACGUUGUACGAUAUUAGAUGAAAGCUUAGGUUGUGCUGUGUGGUUUGCAAGUCGUGCAAAAGGUACUCUUUCUACAAGCAAUCGUGUUUAUGAAUCCCCGUGUAGGGUACUCUUGCUAGGCAUGGGUGCGGAUGAAUUGUUUGGUGGAUAUAUGAGACAUAGAACAAUACUCAAACACAAAGGUUGGAAUGCAUUGGCAGAGGAACUGAGCAUUGAAUUAGCUAGAAUUUCGGAAAGAAAUUUGGGUCGAGAUGAUCGUAUUGUAUCUGACCAUGGAAAGCAAUCUAGACUACCAUAUUUAGAUGAAAAUGUAGUAGAAUAUGUUCAACAGUUAAAACCAUGGGAAAGGUGCUAUCCAACAGAUAAAAUGCCAUCCGGUUUAGGAGACAAGUUAUUAUUACGUUUAUUAGCAUAUAAACUUGGGUUUCAAAGCACUGCCACUUUUCCUAAGAGAGCUUUCCAAUUUGGAUCACGAAUUGCUAAUAGUAAGGAAAAUGCUAAGGAUGUAUCAAACAGAUUGUGA